AUAAAUCAAGGUGAAAAUAUAUCUACGAUUCGGUCUCGAUUAGUCGCGCCUGGUACUGACUCCCUCCCGAGCGGAGAUCAGAGCACCGAUAAACAGAUGCUUCACGGUUAGCUGUGUUGUUUAAGCUCGCGCGACGUAUCUGCUGUCAAACUCUCAGCGAUGGAGCUUUCUGAAAUACUCUACAACAAAGCGGAGUACAUUGAAACGGCCUCCGGGAACAAAGUGAGCAGACAGUCGGUGCUGUGCGGAAGUCAAAACAUCGUAUUGAAUGGAAAAACUAUUGUGAUGAAUGACUGCAUCAUCAGGGGAGACCUGGCGAACGUCCGGGUGGGGAGACACUGUGUUGUCAAAAGCAGAAGUGUCAUUCGACCCCCGUUCAAGAAGUUCAGUAAAGGAGUGGCCUUUUUCCCGCUCCACAUCGGUGACCACGUCUUCAUCGAGGAGGACUGUGUGGUCAACGCAGCGCAGAUUGGUUCUUAUGUCCACAUCGGAAAGAACUGUGUCAUAGGUCGACGCUGUGUGCUUAAAGACUGUUGUAAAAUCUUAGACAACACUGUUCUCCCCCCUGAGACUGUGGUGCCUCCCUUUACUGUCUUCUCUGGAUGCCCAGGUCUGUUCUCAGGAGAGCUGCCAGAGUGCACACAGGAUCUGAUGAUUGACGUGACCAAGAGCUACUACCAGAAGUUCCUGCCCCUCAGCCAGAUCUAAUUGCUGUCCCUGGAGGACCAGGACUGAAACACUCACCUCAUUGAUAACACGUAAAUUGAUGUGAGCUACAGUCACGUUGGAAGAUUUGGACCAAAACACUCAGUGAUUGUCUGCUGCAGCUGACCGUGAAGUUUAAUGAAGACGACAGCCUCACCGUACUUUUAUUAUCAUUGUAAAGCCUGUUUUGAUUUUGUUUUCUGCUUCAGACCUUGUAAACAAUAUUUAAGCUAUUCAGUUUUAUUUCAAUAAAAUUGACUUUAAUGUCACACA